CCCAGAUCUCCGGCGUCAUUGAUAGUAACCGGAGAGGCGGGGCGACGCUAGUGUCUUUAGUAGAUUCUGGAAUCUCAUACCCACGCGAUGGAGAAAGUAUCGCAGCUGAAAGAUCAGGGUAACAAGGCGCUGAGUGCAGGGAAUGUCGAUGAAGCGGUUAGGUGCUACACGGAGGCCCUGUCAUUAGAUCCCUCCAAUCACGUCCUCUUCAGCAACCGUUCUGCUGCCUAUGCCAAGAAGGGCGACUAUGACAAUGCCCUGAAAGAUGCCUACCAAACCAUAAAGAUUAAGCCAGACUGGGGCAAGGGUUACUCAAGAAAAGCUGCUGCUUUGGAGUUUCUUGGGCGACUUGAGGAUGCCAAAGCGACCUAUCAGGAGGGGUUACGUCAGGAGCCUUCCAAUCAGCAGCUCAAGGAAGGACUUCAGAAGAUGGAAGCACGGUUAGCAGAGAGGAAAAUGAUGAACCCAUUUUCUAUUCCCAACUUGUAUGAGAAGCUGGAGGGCGACUCUCGAACCCGAGCGCUGCUUUCUGACCCCAGCUACAGGGAGCUGCUGGAGCAGCUCAGAAACAAACCGUCAGAGCUUGGCACAAAACUGCAGGACCCUCGUGUGAUGACCACUCUGUCAGUGCUGCUGGGGCUUGAUCUGUCUGGUGUGGAUGAAGAGGAACCGACUCCGCCCCCUCGCCCUAAACCCAAAGAGACAGCUCCGCCCCCUCCCAAAGAGGAAGACCUACCUGAGAACAAGAGAAUGGCCUUGAAGGAAAAGGAGCUGGGAAACGCAGCGUAUAAGCAGAAAGAUUUUACCAAUGCACUGAAGCACUAUGAAGAGGCUCUUAAGCAUGAUCCCACCAACAUGACCUAUCUGUCCAACCAAGCAGCUGUUUAUUUUGAAAAGGGAGCAUUUGAGAAAUGUAGAGAGCUUUGCGAGAAGGCCAUUGAGGUGGGCAGAGAGAACCGAGAAGACUACAGGCAAAUUGCUAAGGCAUAUGCCAGGAUCGGUAACUCCUACUUUAAACAGGAGAAGUACAAGGAGGCUAUUCAGUUCUUCAAUAAGAGUCUGACAGAGCAUCGCACACCUGACGUCCUCCAGAAAUGCCAACAGGCAGAGAAAAUUUUGAAGGAACAGGAGAAACAGGCCUACAUCAAUCCAGAUUUAGCUUUGGAAGAGAAAAACAAGGGCAAUGAUGCCUUUCAGAAGGGUGACUAUCCUUUAGCUAUGAAACAUUACUCCGAGGCCAUCAAGAGAAACCCAUAUGAUGCCAAGCUCUUCAGCAACAGAGCUGCCUGCUACACCAAACUACUGGAAUUCCCGCUUGCCCUCAAGGAUUGUGAGGAGUGCAUCAAAUUGGAGCCCAACUUCAUUAAGGGUUACACACGCAAGGGUGCAGCACUGGAGGCCAUGAAGGACUUCUCAAAAGCAAUGGAUGUCUACCAGAAAGCGCUAGAGCUUGACUCCAACUCCAAGGAGGCGACAGAGGGUCUGCAGCGCUGUAUGGUGAGCCAGUCGAUGCGUAACGACAGUCCUGAGGAUGUGAAGCGAAGGGCCAUGGCUGAUCCAGAGGUGCAGCAGAUCAUGAGUGAUCCAGCCAUGCGUAUGAUCUUGGAGCAGAUGCAGAAAGACCCUCAAGCCCUCAGCGAUCAUCUGAAGAACCCCGUCAUUGCUCAGAAAAUUCAGAAACUGAUAGAUGUUGGGCUAAUAGCCAUUCGGUGAUCAGAGGAACCAGAAGAUAAGCAGGACAAUAUUCAUCUACAGAGCAACAACAGAAGACUGCAAAGGAAGUGGCGGCAUUCCAUGCGAAUAAUUUUCUUCAUCAAAUUUAACAUGCUCCCCAUCCCUUCUCCUCCCACUUUUCUUUAAAGUAAUGUGAAUGUGAUUUUGUUUUUGUAUAAUGCCUUAAUUGGAUUUAUUAAAGAUGUGACACAGUUGGUCUGUACCCAGCACUGCAUUACUAGUGUUUGUCCAGGUUGAUAGCUUUCAGAUAUUUCAUUGUUCAUAAAACGAAACAUUAAUGAGAGCAUCUAGCCUUAGUGACAAUAGUACAUUAAAAGAGGAGUGGAUUUGAGCCUUGAUAUUAAAGGAAAUAAUUUGUAUUUUAUUUUUUUGAAAGUAUUUGCCAUAAUUCCUCUAAACAGCAUUGAAUGCAGAUCCAUCCAAGUCAUAUGUCAGUUUUGGUUUUUGCUGUGUUGGAGGAGGGUGGGUAGGGGAGCAGUCUCUGGCUUGACGGUUAACUCCUCAACAGUACUUAAUCUUCAAAUUUGUAGGCCUGCUAGAGAUAUGUCCAUUUCCGAAUCUGAAUGCAUUGCUAUUAUUGUAUUAUAUAAUGUACUUCUGUGGGGUGGGGUUUAAUAGCUGAGGGGGUUCAUUCAAGAAAAAUCAUCUCCCACCUGUUUGACUUCAGCUCAUAGUUUGCGAUCGAGUAACUGGCUGUGAUUUCAGCAUCGUAUUGAAAUGCAACAUCAGUUAAAUAAAGUUUUGGAUCCAUGAAUUGUGUGGAGUCCGUGUAACUCAACAUAUUCUUGUCUAUCUUCUGCUCAAUGCACUCAAUACCAAAUAUUAAAUCAUUUCUAAAUUUAA